AUGCGUCAGUCGUCUACCGAUUCAGACAACACCCCCGAUCCUUCCUUGAAUGAAACGGCCUUGGAAUCCAAGAGGGUCAAAUGCUACGGCUCUGAGCAUUCAAGUUCAAACCAUUGGGUUUUACAAGACGUGACUGGUAAUAAUAUCCCGACGAUUGAGGACCUUCAUCAGGUUAUUGACGCGUCCAAUGGGAUGAUGUACAUGUACAAGCCAGCGGAGACGACGAAGAAAGGGUGUAGCUUGUUCGUGUUUAAUCCUUUGACUAUGAAGGUGGAUGAUCUGUCGAACAGGCUUCAAUACCGAAAACGACGAUCUUCGAUUGUAACUGACACCGUCGAUUCUCAUGAAAAGAAGAAAUUCCCCAUGAUCGAUUUUCCUUCUCUGGCAAUUAUUCAGUCUGGGACCUCCAAAUUUUUGGCUGUAAUCGGCGGCUAUAUUUACACAGAUGAAAUCCCGGAUGGCGAACCUAACAACAAACUUUUUCUUAUAGAUGUGACGGACCAAGCUCGGCCCCACUGGUGGUGCCAAAAAGUCGAAGGGAGGGCCCAACCACGACUGGAUGCUACCGCGAUUGUUGUCGACAAUAGGGUAUAUCUCUUUGGAGGUGUCGAUAGACCUAAUGGACCCACCGAAGAGCCAGGAGUCCACCUCAGAUCGUACAGCAUAUUGGAGCAUGAUUGGGACAUCCAUCGUUGGAAGUGGAUUGUAUCUGACGUGCCCUAUCCACCGCAAGAUGUCCCUGAGGAGAUAAAUUUUGGACAUGGGGUCCCCGUUUUCUUUGGCGGUCGCUUGCUCCUUUUCCCUUCGAGGAAGAUGCCUUCUUUUGAAGCGACUUUCACGAAAAAGAACAUUUUCUACUUUGAUACCAAAUACCACACCUUCGAACUAGCACGCAUAAUGACUGAAGACAUAAACCUUCCUUGCAGUCUCUCCUUUUUUUCUGCUUGCUCGUAUAUCCCCCCUCCGAAUAAUUACCCGCCAGGGAGUACCACGCAAUAUCUCAACUUCUCUCCCCAAAAACGACGCUUACUUUAUACCCCAAUAACGUCUGCCGAAUCCGUCAUCAUCUGCGGAUGGCAAACCACUGGAAUCGACCAUGACCAUCUCGUUCCCGAGAUGUGGCGUUUCUUUCUAUUCCCCUGCAAUCGUAUUGUUUGCCUGAGCAUCGAAGCCGCAAAUGACCUUAUUCAACAACCAGCACAAUUCUAUUACUUUGCUUUGAUAGGAUCUAGUAUAUAUUUCUUGGGCAGUGCAGACGAUGAGGAUCAACUGGACAGAAUUGACAGUUCUGAUAAACUUCUGGAUGUCUGUUUGGAGCUUACUAUCCACCCUGACUGA